AUAGACCUAUGCGGACUCUCUUAAAUACUUGGCCAACCCGCGGGGAGGCACAGGCCGAGGAGGGCGACGGGGACCUCGGCAGCACGUUGCUCCAAAGAAGCUCUCACUCCCCGCAGCAAGUCUUCCUCCCAUCGACCCCAACGGAGCGAGGCCGGGCCUCUUUCUCCAGCAAGGGCCGAUGCAGGGCAGCACCGACAGACAGACUGAUGAAUAGCCCGACGAAAAUCUGCCAGCCUGAGUUCGCAGAGCUUCUUUCGGCAGGGAAGUUCCCUCUCGAAAGUUUUGGUACCGCACCCAGGAGCCAUCGCACCCAGGAGCCGGAGCCGCAGCCGCCCGAGCCUCCCGAGCCGCCCGAGCCGCCCGAGCCUCCAGAACGGAAGCCGCUAGCCUGGGUCCAGAGGAGACCCUCUCAGAUUCUCGGUGUCCUGGGACCUUCGUUCCCCGCCAAGGAAUUAUUAGCGUCCUUUGUCUCUAACAGUUCCUUUAACCGAUCCAGCCAACCUGGGAGCGGGCCUGGCCCUGGACACUGAAGGGUCGGAGGCCGCUGGCGUUUGCUCCUCUGGAGGAUCCCGCUGGCCCAGGGGCGCACCCACCAGAGAUGAGAAAAGGCGUAGACUCUCCUAUUAAUAGCCCUUCCCUUGCGGACUAUAACCCAGACCAAAACGAACGCUCUGAGUCUGGUCUGGCUCGGCCACCCGAAGGACCCUCAACCAGGCCCUGUCCAGCUUUCUCGGUCUCCCUGUAGCUAGCCUUCCGCCUGAGGUGGAGGCCGGGCACUGAAUUGGAUGCUACCUCCCCAUUUGUCUGGCACUACAACUCUGACCCUGCAGUUCUGAAAGGUCACUCCGUUUGACUUGGGUUCCCCCAGGCAAUCCCGAUUCCCGCUAUUCACCCAGCCAACCCCAGUCUCCUGUUAAAGCUGUCUCACUCCGCCAGGGAAAUGGAAAGAGCCAUGGCCUAAAAUUCAGAAGCACGAGGUUUAAAUCGGGUUCUGCUACGGUCACUGUGUAAGCCCCUUCCCUUCUCUGGGCCUCAGUUUCCUUCUCUAUAAAAUGAAGGGGUUGGGACUCCAAGGUCCCUCCCAGACCUGACAAGAAUGUUUAUGGGAUGUAGGCUAAGGUUGAGGGGAGGGACUGUGCUUUCUCCUCCCUUCUCCCUCCCCCCCCAUUGCAGAUUUGUAUUCUGGCAGAGGCUGAUUCUUUUGGGGAGAGUGAGGAGGUGGCUACAGUCUGUCUCCCCGCCUCUCGAUUAUUUUCUGGGAAAAGGCAGAACCAAUAUUUCCUGACCUUCGUCCCAUCCCAACCCCUUCCAGGCUUGAGAUGGAGUAUUUUUGCUGAGGGACAGAUAGAGGCUACCAGACUCACCUUCGUACACAGUCAUGCCCAGCCAUACGUGAAUCCAGGUUCUCUCUCUCUCUCCUUUUUUUCCCUGGGCUCUGAAAGGCGCCACCACCCUGCUGCUCUUUCCUUCUGAGAGUUCCUGUGGCGCCUCACCAGGAGCUGGAAGAGACUUUAGGAACCAUCUGGUCCAACCUCCUCGUCCUCUCAGGGAAGGAAAAUGAGAUCCGCAGAGGAAGGGAUUUGCCCCAGGUUCCACAGCCGGUGGGACCGCGGAAGAUGAAGGAGGAGGGAGAGGGAGUGACAAAUGCAGUGGGCAAAGGUGUUUUCUUUCCUAAGUCCAGGCUCCUAAGGGUCCCCAGGGUUCCGUUUCCCUUUACCAGUGGACUCCUGAGUAAAGUGAGCUCCUUGAUCCUUCCAGCGCAGGACCCCACCUGUUCUUAAUAGCCAGGAAAAGUCCUCUCCCUCCGUUGUGUCAAGCCCCUCCCGCGUUCCUCUAUCCCCCCGCUCACACUUCGCCCCUGGCUCUCGCGCUGGGACCCUCAGUGGAUCAGUUCCCCUCUUUAGUCUGGGAAAGGCGACUAAGCAAGGCCUUUCCCCUUCCACACCUCCGUGCAGAAGACCCAGCUGCUAAUUAUCCCCUCUGGAGUUAGUCCCAGACCCUAGUGGUGCUUACCACCUCCUCCACCUGUCUCUGUCUGUCUGCCUCUCCCACAUACACACAUCUUUACACAGUGAUCGAUGUGUACACAUACAUACCCUCACAAACACUUGUGCUCAGGCCCGGAUAUAGACAACAAUGCUGUCACAUGCAGUAACUCAACUUCACCCAUUGGCACUCGGGGCACCACACAUGCACUCACAAGUCCAAGGGUCGCCUGUUCAGACCCAGGUACAUUCACACACAGAGACCCUCUGGCAGACACGCUCAAAUCCCACCGUGCUCACACUCAAUUCUUCUCACAGCUGGGCCAGGUGAGCAGACAGGCCAGGAUACUUGCUGGCCCAAGACUACCAGAGAGAACCUGAGAGGAAUUAGGUCCGUCGGCGUGGGCCUCCCAUCCCACUUUUCCCGCCUCCUACGUUUAGACUGUGAGAAACAGAGUAGCGGAUGCUGCCCGGAGUAGGCCAGAGAACAGGGCCGAAGAACAGGUGCUACGCAAAGCCCCAGCAUUAGCGUUGGCCCCCAGGCACGGCAGCUGCGGGCCAGAGGGCAGCCUGCCAUAGGAGGGCCCAGAAAGAGCUCCCACGACCCUCAAGACGAGCCUGCUCGCCGACCCAGCUCUCCGCUGCGCGCCCACAAAGAGCAGCACACUCCCAGCCUUCAGGCCGCCAUAGUAGGGACGGUGGCCAUGGUGGUGCUAGCAGGGAGGUGGGCCUGAGCUCUGACCAGCUGCCUGCUGGGAAAGAUGGAAUCCCUUACUUUGAUGAAUGCCUUGCGAUUGUCCGGAAAGGGGCUGCUUGGGAUAGUGGCGGAGGCUAGCACCCACCUAACUACAAGCACUCUCCGCCUGUAUCCACCCGAAAGUUUUCCUGCCCUCUUAUCCUGGGCUUCAGGCUCCUAGGGACUGUCAGGCUGGGUGACUGCGCUGCUGUGUGUGGGUGGGUGAGUGGGUGUGGGUGUGUGUGGCUCUGGCUCUCUCUGUUUCUGUCUCUCGGGCUGAUUCUCUACCUCUUUCUCCUGCAGUCUUUUGCUCUCCCGGGAUCUAUGCCCAGGUCUGUUUGACUCUUCCCUUCUCUCCAGGAAAACUGGUGCGGUUCUCCGUGCUCGCUGCUCAAACUUAUAUUGGGGGGAGGGGUGUAGCAGGGAUGACCGGGAGAACCCCUUAACGAAUUUGGUGAGAACCGCACUCGAACGAUCAGCGGUUGUCCUGGUCACUCCACACACACACACAUCAAUAAAUUUCCCUUCUUCCCAACCUACUCGUCCUUCUCCCUUGUUCUGCAGCAGUUUCCCUUCCCCGCGUUGGUGUCUCCACAAGCGGA